AUGGGGAGGAAGACCAGUCUGCUGGCCUGUGGGACCAGCCAGGCCUACGGUCAAAUCUUCAUCAGCCCAGACUCACUCACAGGGGUCCAGGGGUAUAGGGCAACCCUGAUCCUUGAGAAUGCCCCAGUGGAGGCUCUGGAAUACAGCUGGCAUCAGGGUGCAGACGAUAAAGAAGAAAACACGAUUGUCAGCUACAGACGCUGUUCCAAGUCCUGGCAUGUUGGGCCCGAGCACUGGGGUCGGGAGAAUGUGACUCAAGCAGGCAACCUGGUCAUCCGAGGCACCACAUUAAAUGACACGGGGAACUACACCGUGCCUGUAGAGGCCAGCAAUAGCACACAAAGAGCAACCGGCUGGCUCAAGAUUGAAGAAGCCAUCUGCUACACCAACAUCACCGUCAAGUGGUUGUUGAACGCCGUGCAAGUGUCCAGCAGUGACCGACUGACCAUUUCCCCAGAUGGCAAGACCCUCGUCAUCCGGAGGCUCAGCCGCCAUGACAGGACACUUCAGUGUGUGAUAGAAAGUGUCCUAGGGAUUCCCCUGAAAAGUGACCUCAUCUCUCUCAAUGUGACCUACGGGCCCGACAACGUGCAGCUGUGGACAGAGCCCAGACACUUCAAGGGCGUCCUGUCUGCUGAGGUCGGCUCCCAGGUGGAGAUGCGGUGCGUCUCCUCCUACUCCAUCCCAAAGCCCAGUUACCGCUGGAUCCACAACGGCUCCUCCCUGAGUUCAGAGGCAGAGAUGACCUUCCCGAGUCUGGCCUGGGAGCAGAUGGGCAGAUACAGAUGCAUCGUGGAGAAACCCGGGACCCAGCUGAUCAUGUACGCGGACGUCAGCAUCCGGGUUCGCUUGCUCAUCCUGACUGAGGUGAGGAGCGGCUUCUACCUCUCAGGGCCCAUGGUGGUGUGGCUCAUUGUGAUCACACUCCUGGGUGGUGUCUGCCUCUGUGGAAUCCUCAUCUACAGCCUCAUCAGCCAUUGCUCCAACAGGUGCCUGUGGCCCUGGGUCAAGGGCGGGAUGUUGGCAGGGGUCGGGACACAUGAGCAAGCACCACCUUGA